GACACAAAACACUAGUGGUGUGAGACGGUGAAAGAAUUUGAAGUACUGUAGCACCAACAUUUGAAUUCUUCGUGGCCCUAAUUCGCUGCAUAGCGCGGGAAGUUUUUUAGCAAAGCAGACGCUGGACACAUUCUUCGAUUUUCCACCAACACUUGCUUAAUCAUCAGAGUCGAAUCAAACAAACAAAAACCACUUUCUUCAUUCUCUCACAUUUUCAUUUAUCGUUUAACAUCAUCAUGGAUAGAAUACACGUCACCGUCCGUGCAAGACCUCUCUCGCCGGAUGACGCCAAAACCAGCCUAUGGAGAAUCUCCGGCAACUCCAUUUUCAUUCCCAACCACUCUUCCAUGUUCGAAUUUGAUCAAGUAUUCGAUGAAAAUAGUAAAACCUCUGAAGUCUAUGAAACUCGUACCAAAGAUAUAGUUGCUGCCGCAGUCAGUGGAUUCAACGGUACUGUUUUCGCUUAUGGACAAACGAAUAGUGGGAAGACUCACACGAUGCGGGGAUCUAAAGCCGAGCCUGGAGUCAUUCCUCGCGCGGUGCAGGAUUUAUUUCACAUUCUUCAACAAGAUGUUGAUCGAGAGUUUCUUCUUAGAAUGUCAUACAUGGAGAUUUACAAUGAAGAGAUAAAUGAUUUAUUGGUUCCCGAACAUCGAAAACUGCAGAUUCAUGAAAAUAUAGAGCGGGGAAUAUAUGUUGCGGGGCUACGAGAAGAAAUUGUUACCUCUUCUGAGCAAGUGCUCAAUCUCAUGGAGUUUGGAGAAUCUCAUAGACAUAUCGGAGAGACAAAUAUGAAUUUGUACAGUAGUAGAUCCCAUACUAUUUUUCGCAUGAUAAUUGAAAGCAGAGAUAGAAAUGAAGAUGAAAGCACUAGUAGCUCUUGUGAUGCUGUUCGUGUAUCAGUGUUGAAUUUGGUGGAUCUUGCUGGUUCAGAGCGUGCUGCAAAAACUGGAGCAGAAGGUGUACGUCUCAAAGAGGGUUCACACAUAAACAAAAGUUUAAUGACUUUGGGAACUGUGAUUAAAAAAUUGAGUGAAGGCGUUGAGAGUCAAGGUGGUCAUGUUCCAUAUCGAGAUAGCAAGCUUACAAGAAUUUUGCAACCUGCGUUAGGGGGAAAUGCUAACACAGCUAUAAUUUGUAAUAUCACACUUGCUCAGAUACAUACAGAUGAAACUAAAAGCAGUCUACAAUUUGCAAGCCGAGCUUUGCGUGUUACAAAUUGUGCUAAAAUCAAUGAGAUUAUGACAGAUGCUGCUUUAUUAAAGCGCCAAAAGAAGGAAAUUGAAGAGCUUCGUGCCAAAUUGACGGGUUUUCGUUCAGAACAUUUGGAAGAGGAGAUUUUGAGCCUUAGAAAUACAUUGUUACAGUCUGAACUAGAAAGGGAACGCAUAGCUUUGGAAUUAGAAGAGAAAAAGAAAACACAAGGUGAAUGGGAAAAGAGAGUGCACGAGCAAGCCAAGAGAAUUGAAAACUUGAGUUCAAUGGUUUUGUUUUCAAAUAGGGAUGAGAGCGUCAAAUAUACUAAAAAGGAGAAGAGGCGGGAAACAUGGUGUCCUGGAAAUAUUUCACAGACGCAUCUAAAAGAUGUGCAUUCUAGCAUCCACACCGAUGUUUCUACCACAGAACCUAUUCGACCUAAGCUAGAAAUGGGACCACUUGUUCCUUUCAACAAACUCCUAGAUGCAGAUUUCAAUGUGGACGAUUCCUGUAAGAAAGAAGAGGACGAUAAAGGUGAUGCAAAUGUCAACCACAAUCUACCAAACCCUCGUGCUUUAUUGCUUGUAACAAACAGGAAAAGAGAUUCAUCACGGAAGAAAAGAUUAUCUAUGCAAGAAGACAACAAAUAUCUACAACAGCAAGCAGAAUAUGACAGUCUUAGAGAAACAGAGGCUAUUCUUGUUAUCAAGAGACUUCAAGAGCAGAUUAAUGUUUUGGAAAUGGAAAAGCUAUCAAGCCAACAGAACCUGGAUACUGUUUAUGAUUUGGCAACCGAGCAGAAUGUGAGUGCCAGGGAGAAAAUUGAAGAGCUUAAUAAUGAGCUUAUAAAAGCACAGGAGGCAGCUCGAUUGGCUAAUGAACAACUUAUUUCCAGUAAAACUGUGAACAACAUUGAUGAUGAGAAUGUUGACUUUAUAGCCAGUGUUUCCAUGGAAAUCGAAGAUGUAAUGUCUGAAGUACAAAAUUCGAAAGAAGCUGUUCAAAGUGUUAUUUUGAUGAUUGAUGAUGCGACUAAAAGUUUCUCUACUCUCUGUCAUAUAUUCCUUGAUUUCAAAACCUCAAUAUCUCAGGAUUCUGCAGGACAAAAAUUAAUCUUUAAUAAUUGUCAGAAGUUGAAUUCUAGCUUAACUCAAACAAUAUCCGAGCUUGAGAAUCAGAAGAUUCUUCUGGACAGCCAGUUAUCGAAUAUUCAAAAGCUUCUUGAGGAAUCAAAACUAGAUGCUCAGAGCUCUCAUAAUUCUUUGCAGGAACGGUUUGAACAACAAGAAUUGGAAAAUCAAGAGCUGAUUUCUUAUAUCCAAACUCUUGAAAAAGAGAUAGUGUGUUUAACAUCAUCUUCAGUGGCCAAGGAAAAGGAAACUCUAAGAAAAGAUUUUGAGAAGGCAAAAACCAAGAUGAAAGAAACUGAGUCGAAGCUUAAGAUCGCUAUGCAAGAGAAAACAAAACUUGAGGGUGAGAAAGCCUAUGCUGAACGAGAGAUCAAACGGUUGCAUGGUCAGAACUCACGUCUUGAACGCGAUAUCAGUAAACAUGAUUCACUUGCUGGAAAGAGUUCAAAGAUGUUUGAUACUCAAAGACCAAAGGAUCUUGCAUUUUCUCUGGAAGAGUACAAAGAGCUGGAAGUUUUUGCAUUUGAAUCGGAAACAAGAAUCACUUCGUUGGAAGAAGAAAUAUCCGCCGUGCUUAAAGAGAAAGAAGAGGUGAUUUCUAUUAACGAAGCUUUGAAAUCAGAAUUGGAAGAUUUGACUGACAAACUGGUGACAUCAGCCUCUGAAAUAUAUGAUUUGAAGGAGGAGAUUUCAGCUGUUAAACAAAGAUUGGGAGAAUCUGACGUCAACCAGGAAAAAUUGAAAAGCUCGAUCAAAGAAUUGGUGGAAGAAAAGAAGGAGUUGUCAAUGCAACUUACAAAUGCCUUAUUGGAAAUAGAGGAGGAAAGGGCAAUUUGGUCUGCCAAGGAGAAAGCUGCACUUCUAGCCAUAGAAGAACAAGCAAGGUCAAACACUGAGAAAAUUACAUCAUUAUCAACAGAAUUGUCAGAGAAUCUCAAGAUCAAACUUUCCACUGUCACAGAAGAAAGGGACAAAUUGAUGAUCGAGAUGGAAGAUCAACAGAAACAUGUUACGGAAGUGGAACUCCUACUAAAACAUUGCCAAGAUGAGUUGUCAAGGGAAAAGGACCAUAUGAAGGAGCUCAGUGAUAAAAUUUCCAGCAUGGAAGUCAAAAUGCAUGCUGAUAAAGUUACAAACAUCAAUGAAACAGCUCAGUUUAGAAUGAUGCUCCGUGGAACACAAGCAAAGCUAGAUGCUCAUCGUUUGCGAUAUAAAGAAGCAAUUGAAGAAUCAGAUGCAUCAAAAAUAAAGUACAGAGAAGCUUCAGAGAAGCUGAAGGACAUGCUGCGUUCGCAGGGACUAGAGUUGAUGGACCUAAAGAAACAGCUAGCUGCUGCCAAAUGACAAUAGGAACUGUGUAUUAUGUAACCUGACCUUUCAUGUAGUAAUAUAUGAAGCACUUCAACUCAGACACAACAUACAAUUAGGACUCUACAAGAUAUUAAUCCGGCUCAAACCACAGUUGACUCAAACUGCAGUUGGUAUACAUAGAUUCAGUUCCAUCCAUUUUUCUUGUAUAGAUUGGGCAGGUUACAGAUCACACAGGACACGGGUUUGCAGAUGGGUUCAUGCUGUUUUGAUAGGAAUAUGUUUAUAGGUUCUUUGUAACGAUGUCGUGCUUAUUAGUGGUCACAUAAUUUUUUGUGCGUGUGCACAUGCAUUGUUGUCAAAAUUGCAUGUUAACUUUUUAAAACCGUAUGAUUUUACGUGUUUUGGUGUGAAAUUUGUGUGUCACUGACUGUAACAUUGAUAAAGUGAAAUUUGAACGAGUUAAUUCAUCAUAAAAUCAGUGAAAUCGCUUAAAAUAGAGCCAACUAUUGAAGCAUUAACGGCUAGGAUUAGUUUUAAUCCAUUUCAGUUCAUGUGUCAUUGAUGUAUAAAUAGCUCAUUGGUUAUACUUUGUAGCUUAUCCAAAAUGAAUAGAGUUCUGUUAUGAUCCUCAAAAUUGUUAUCCUUUUUCAUUUUCUGUUACAUACUUCUUCUCCAUCUACUUCAUUAUGGUAUCAUUGAGCCUUUGACU